AACCGACGCUCCAAUCACAUUCCGACUCAUACAUUCUUCAAGAUUCCGAAUGCUGCCAUUUUUUCAUUCAUUCACUGUGGGGACUUCUACACAAUUAAAGUUGCAAGCUCUCUCUUCUGUGCCAUUGGUCAUGAUUUCAUGAUUCCUGCAUUGUAACCAUAAAGUCGCGGAUCGGCUUCAUAACCGCUGACGACAACACUGGCUCCGCCUCCCGUGUCUCCCCUCCCCAACUUCCAAGUCCUCCCGUACUUUUGACUCCGUUUUGAACAACUAAUGCCCUUGACCGGAUGAGCGUCUUUCUUGGGGCGGAGUUCCUCUCCUCUGUUUCACUUUAGUUCCUUCCUUCUGUGUGGCUGUGGCUUGGUUUCUUUUCUACUUGGCCCCCUGAGGCCCCGGAGGCGUACAAACAAGAAAAACUACCCUCGCUGACAGAUUAAUUACCCGUUCCAUGGAGCUUAACCUCCUUUCUUGAGUGUGAGUCCCUCUGUGAGCUUUUCCGACGCAUCCAUAGGCGCAUUUCCAGGUCUUGCUUCGCCCAGAAGGUUUUCUGCGAAUGAGUCGCUCGCUGUAUAUUCAAACACACUGUCCUAUAUGACCACCGGUUCUAACAUCCUUUUCAUGGACUAAUUGUAGUGUUAUAUCACUAUCUUUCAUUCCUCUUUGGGGUACCCUUUUACAACCGCAUCUCAUGAUUUUCUCACGGCGCGCGAUUCCCCUCCUUGGUCUCGCUUUCUUUGUCGUUUUCUUAUAUACGGUCAGCAGUCUCUCUCGGCAAUGGCGGCAUAUGCCGCAAGCUGUUGGCUUGGGCGACUUGAUCGUAACCCCUUUUCCAACGCCGUCCGGUUAUGCGAACAGUACCGGCACUGUUGGUGGGAUAGUUGAUCAGCCAUCGAGAGAGCCUUACGCGCCUCGGCCUCAUUAUGCGCCUGGCAUUCCUAAACCUGUUGGUUCGACAUAUACGAAAACACUGGUGGUGCCCCAGGCGGGUCUUGAGGACACCGAAUGGAUCCAGUAUGAGCUUCCGGAGUGGCAGCCUGCCGUCUAUGUGGUCGAUGAUCUUUCUGCACCUCUACACCCACCCAAGAAUAAAGGGCAUGAAGUGAUAGUGUAUUUGAGCUAUAUCAUUGACCACUACGACAAACUACCAGACAUUAUCGCCUUCAUGCAUUCGCAUCAGUUUGCUUGGCAUAAUGACGAAAUCUUCAACGGCAAUGCUGCUGAAAUGCUGCAACGUCUCAACCCCGCUCGGGUAGUCCGACAAGGGUUCAUGAACUUGCGCUGCACAUGGGCGCCUGGCUGUCCUGACUGGUUGCAUCCGGGUACGUUGGAGGAGGAUGAACAUAAGCAGGAGGAAACCAUGUUGGCAAGAUCUUGGGGCGAAAUCUUCCCGGACGAUCCGAUUCCCGAUGUAUUGGCACAGCCAUGCUGUGCCCAAUUUGUCGUGUCGCGUGAGCGGAUUCUCGCCAUCCCGAAGGCGCGUUUUGUCUACUAUCGUGACUGGAUCCUCCGAACUGAGCUGAGUGACUACAUUUCCGGCCGAAUCUGGGAAUACCUGUGGCAUGUUGUGUUUACGGGUGAAAAUGUUGUCUGUCCCAAGGAGCACGUCUGUUAUUGCGACGGCUAUGGAAUUUGCUUUGGUGGUGAAGAGGGUUAUGAUGAGUUCCGAAGACUACAUUCAGAGAAGGGAGAGCUAGAGGAGGAGCUCAAGGAGUGGCGCGGGGAAGCAGAGGCCAUUGAAAUUGAGCGAAUCGCCGGAACGCUAGGCGAGGAAAGCCAUAUUUCAGUUCCUGAUCCAGGUAGAGACACUGAGCUCCAGGGACAAAUUAUGGAAAAGGAACGGUUAAUCGAGGAGAUGCUGCAUAACGCUACCAAGCGCGGGGAGGACCCAAAAGCGAGAGCGUUAGAGGCGGGCAGGCCUUGGAAACAAGGAGAUGGGUUCUAGUCAUCUUGCGACUGCAUUCUAUGCCCCCAUGCAUCAUAUUUUCGCUCAUGAUCUAAGUGACUAACACUUGGUUUUGUGGAUUCGCCACAUUAUGAUCCUUCGGCCACGGUGCUCCUUUUCUUUUAGGAGAAUAUCUUUCCUCCGCCUACAUGAUACAUGACUACACUCACGCCUGCAGCCAUAGACUUAUCUUCUUGUGUAUACUUUUGCUUUUCCUUUGUGAUCUCAGGAGCCCAUGUUGCGGUUGAUUUCUACUGUCGAAAUAGUUGGGUUUGGAUACUUUCAUUGCUUAUUAGGCUAGGUAUUUCAUAUUGUCGUGAUGUGCACCAAAAUAUGUUGAUAUCUAAUUAUCCCAACUGCGAUUUGGCUGGCCCCAAAUUGUCAUUUGGCAAAUGCAGAGACGCUUCAGUA